CAUGCGCUGGAUCUUCAGCUGGCAGUUGCUAAUAUCCUGCAAUCUCUAGUGCACACAGAGAGAAACCAGCAAGUCAUGUGCGAAGCUGGACUCCAUGCACGACUUCUACAAAGAUGCAGUGCUGCUCUGGCUGAUGAGGACCACUCACUCCAUCCGCCACUCCAAAGGAUGUUUGAAAGGCUGGCCUCCCAGGCACUGCAGCCGAUGGUGUUGAGGGAAUUUUUACGCUUGGGAAAUCCUUUGAAUUGCGGAGCUUGGGACAAAAAGCUGUUGAAACAGUACCGAGUACACAAACCCAGCUCACUGAGUUUUGAACCGGAAAUGAGAAAUAGCAUGGUUACCUCAAUGGAGGGUCUGGGUUCUGACAGCGUCUUCGGUGUGCAUGAAGACAGCCACUAUCGGAUAAGCAAGAGCCUGCUCAAGCCAGCAGAAGGGAGCACAGUCCCCCUGACGAGAGUGAAGUGUUUGGUCUCCAUGACAACACCACAUGAUAUCAGGCUUCACGGAUCAUCAGUUACACCAGCAUUCAUUGAGUUUGACACGUCUCUUGAAGGGUUCGGCUGCCUAUUCUUGCCAAGUUUGGCUCCCCAUAAUGCACCUACAAAUAAUGCUGUUACAACAGGACUUAUUGAUGGUGCGGUUGUCAGUGGAAUUGGAACUGGUGAAAGAUUUUUCCCGCCGCCAUCUGGUUUAAGUUAUUCAACUUGGUUUUGUAUUGAACAUUUUAGUACGCCUCCUAAUAACCAUCCUGUGAGACUUCUUACUGUAGUGCGGCGUGCAAACUCCUCGGAGCAGCAUUAUGUAUGCCUUGCCAUCAUCCUCUCAGCAAAAGACCGGUCACUGAUUGUCUCAACUAAGGAAGAAUUGCUUCAAAAUUAUGUCGAUGACUUCAGUGAGGAAUCAUCAUUUUAUGAAAUUCUUCCCUGUUGUGCCCGUUUCCGCUGUGGUGACCUCAUUGUGGAAGGCCAGUGGCAUCACCUAGUUCUGGUCAUGAGUAAAGGCAUGCUAAAGAACAGCACAGCUGCGCUUUACCUUGAUGGACAGCUUGUUAACACUGUUAAGCUUCACUAUAUUCAUAGUAGUCCUAGUGGGUCUGGUUCUGCCAAUCCUCCUGUAGUGAGCACUGUUUAUGCCUACAUCGGCACGCCACCCGCACAGCGUCAGCUCUCUUCGUUAGUGUGGCGUUUGGGCCCUACGCAUUUCCUGGAGGAAGUCUUGCCUGCCCCAGGUAUUAGCACCAUUUAUGAGCUGGGACCCAAUUACGUCGGAAGCUUUCAAGCAGUCUAUGUACCAUGCAAAGAUUCGAAGUCUGAAGGAAUCAACCCGUCUCCAGUAUCUUUGGUGCCAGAAGAGAAGGUCUCUUUUGGUCUGUAUGCGCUGUCAGUUUCUUCAUUUACAGUGGCAAAAAUAAGAAAAGUUUACAACAAGUUGGAUAGUAAAGCUAUUGCCAAGCAGCUGGCGAUUUCUUCUCAUGAAAAUGCCACACCUGUGAAGCUGCUACAUAACUCAGCAGGGCAUUUGAAUGGACCAGCACGCUCCAUUGGUGCAGCUUUGAUAGGAUAUUUGGGAGUAAGAACAUUUGUCCCCAAGCCUGUUGCCACUACACUGCAGUACAUUGGUGGAGCUGCUGCUAUUUUGGGACUUGUAGCCAUGGCAUCAGAUGUAGAAGGGUUGUAUGCAGCUGUGAAGGCCUUGGUCUGCGUGGUAAAGAGCAAUCCACUAGCCAGCAAAGAAAUGGAAAGAAUCAGAGGUUAUCAGCUACUGGCAAUGCUGUUAAAGAAGAAACGAUCCCUUCUGAACAGCCACAUACUCCAUCUGACCUUUUCCUUGGUGGGAACUGUCGAUAGUGGGCAUGAGACGUCCAUUAUUCCAAAUUCUGCUGCCUUCCAGGAUCUGCUCUGUGAUUUUGAAGUCUGGCUUCAUGCACCGUAUGAGCUUCAUCUGUCAUUAUUUGAGCACUUCAUUGAACUUCUCACUGAGUCAAGUGAGGCGGCAAAGAACGCUAAGCUGAUGAGAGAAUUCCAACUCAUCCCAAGACUGCUCUUGACUCUUCGAGAUAUGUCUCUGUCCCAGCCUACUAUUGCUGUGAUUAGUAAUGUGCUGAGCUUUUUGCUUCAAGGCUUCCCUAGCAGCUAUGACUUGCUCAGGUUUGGACAGUUCAUCUCUUCCACUUUACCUACGUUUGCAGUCUGUGAGAAGUUUGUAGUCAUGGAAAUAAACAAUGAAGAAAAGCUUGACAGUGGAACAGAGGAUGAUUUUGGAGGACUUGUUUCAGCUAAUCUUAUACUACUGCGGAACAGGCUUUUAGAUAUCCUUCUGAAACUUCUAUACACAUCUAAAGAAAAGACAACUGUUAAUUUGCAGGCUUGUGAAGAACUCGUCAAGACACUGGGUUUUGAUUGGAUUAUGAUGUUUAUGGAGGAACAUCUGCAUUCCACCACGGUCACAGCAGCCAUGCGAAUUCUUGUGGUCCUGUUGAGUAAUCAGUCCAUCCUUACCAAAUUUAAGGAGGGUCUCAGUGGUGGAGGCUGGCUCGAUCAGACGGAUUCUGUCUUGACCAAUAAGAUUGGUACUGUGCUAGGGUUCAAUGUCGGCAGGAGCGCUGGUGGCAGAUCAUCGGUGCGGGAGAUUAACCGGGAUGCCUGUCACUUCCCGGGCUUUCCCAUUCUGCAGUCCCUUCUCCCGAAGCACACUAAUGUACCUGCGCUCUAUUUCCUUCUCAUGGCCCUUUUCCUGCAGCAGCCAGUCACUGAGCUGCCGGAAAACCUGCAGGUCAGUGCACCUGUCGUCAGCAGCCAGUGUAAUCGGGGUUGCCAGUUUGAUUUGGACUCUAUUUGGACAUUCAUAUUUGGAGUUCCUGCCUCCUGUGGCACCAUUACCUCUUCAAUACACAGUGUUUGCACAGAAGCUGCCUUCUUGUUAUUGGGAAUGCUGAGAAGCAUGCUGAAUUCUCCUUGGCAGUCGGAGGAAGAAGGCUCUUGGCUUCGAGAAUAUCCAGUCACCUUGAUGCAGUUCUUUCGAUAUUUGUAUCACAAUGUGCCAGACCUCAUUUCCUUGUGGAUGAGUCCAGAGUUCCUGUGUGCACUGGCAGCAACAGUGUUUCCUUUCAACAUACGACCUUACUCCGAGAUGGUCACUGAUCUUGAUGAUGAAGUUGGGUCCCCAGCUGAAGAAUUUAAAGCCUUUGCAGCUGAUUCUGGCAUGAACAGGAGCCAAUCAGAAUACUGCAAUGUUGGCACCAAGACAUACCUAACCAACCAUCCUGCCAAGAAGUUUGUGUUUGACUUCAUGCGUGUGCUGAUAAUUGAUAACUUAUGUCUCACACCAGCCAGCAAACAGACUCCACUGGUGGAUCUUCUGCUAGAGGCUUCCCCUGAAAGAUCAACACGAACGCAGCAGAAGGAGUUUCAGACGUACGUUUUGGAUGGAGUGAUGGACCACUUACUUGCAGCUGAUGUUUUAUUGGGUGAAGAUGCUUCUCUGCCUAUAACGAGUGGAGGAAGCUACCAAGUGCUGGUGAACAAUGUGUUUUAUUUUACACAGCGUGUGGUAGAUAAGCUUUGGCAGGGCAUGUUCAACAAAGAAUCCAAACUUCUUGUGGACUUCAUAAUCCAGCUCAUUGCACAGUCAAAAAGAAGAUCUCAGGGACUAUCGCUGGAUGCUAUUUAUCACUGCCUGAACAGGACCAUCUUGUACCAGUUCUCAAGAGCGCACAAAACUGUUCCUCAGCAAGUGGCUCUCCUUGAUUCUCUAAGAGUCCUUACUGUGAACAGAAACUUAAUUUUGGGACCUGGAAAUCAUGAUCAGGAGUUCAUCAGCUGCCUAGCUCACUGCUUGAUUAAUCUGCACAUGGGAAGCAACGUUGAUGGGUUUGGAUUGGAAGCAGAAGCCAGGAUGACAACUUGGCACAUUAUGAUCCCCUCUGAUAUAGAACCAGAUGGAGUCUACAAUCAAGAUGUCAGCGAAGGUCGCCAGCUUCUUUUAAAAGCCAUAAACAGAGUGUGGACAGAGCUGAUCCAUAGUAAAAAACAGGUUUUAGAAGAAGUUUUUAAAGUGACGCUACCUGUCAAUGACCAUGGCCAAGUGGAUAUAGCUGUUGCAAGACCUUUUAUUGAGGAAGCAAGUUUAAAGUGUUGGCAAAAUCAUUUGGCUCAUGAGAAAAAAUGCAUCAGCAGAGGAGAGGCUUUGGUUCCAACCACACAGUCCAAACUUUCACGAGUUAGCAGUGGGUUUGGCCUCUCUAAACUAACUGGUUCCAGGAGAAACCGCAAGGAAAGUGGGCUCAAUAAACACAACCUCUCUACACAGGAAAUUUCCCAGUGGAUGUUUACUCACAUUGCAGUGGUUCGGGACCUGGUUGAUAUGCAGUAUAAGGAAUAUCAGGAGCGACAGCAGAAUGCGUUAAAAUACGUGACAGAAGAGUGGUCUCAAAUUGAAUACGAGUUACUACGAGAGCGAGGUUUGUGGGGUCCCCCCAUUGGCUCCCAUCUUGACAAGUGGAUGUUGGAGAUGACUGAGGGUCCCUGCAGAAUGAGGAAAAAGAUGGUGCGAAAUGACAUGUUUUAUAUUCAGUAUCCCUACAUGCCUGAGGCUGAGCAAGAAACAAACUUGCAGUCUGACUUCUCAAGUAGACUUCCCGAGACAUCUGAUGAUACCAUUCCUCAAAAGAAACCUGCUCGUUACCGAAGAGCUAUAAGUUAUGACAGUAAGGAGUACUACAUGCGCCUGGCUUCUGGAAACCCUGCGGUCUUUCAGGAUGCUAUAGAAGAGAACACAGUGGGUGAAACAACUCAACAGGAGCCAGAACACGGGGAGGACACUAUUGCAAGAGUCAAAGGCCUGGUGAAGCCUCCCCUAAAACGGUCUCGCUCUGCACCUGAUGGAGGAGAUGAUGAGAACCAGGAUCAAUCACAGGAUCAAAUUGUUGAGGGGAGUUCAAUUGAUGAAGAGGAGAAGACCGACAAUACAACUUUGCUUCGACUUCUCGAAGAAGGAGAGAAGAUUCAGCAUAUGUACCGCUGUGCUCGGGUUCAGGGUCUUGACACCAGCGAAGGGCUGCUUCUCUUUGGGAAAGAGCACUUCUAUGUCAUUGACGGAUUCACCAUGACAGCCACCAGAGAAAUACGGGAUAUUGAGACACUGCCUCCAAAGAUGCAUGAGCCAAUCAUACCUAGGGGAGCAAGGCAAGGUCCAAGUCAACUCAAAAGAACAUGCAGCAUUUUUGCAUAUGAAGAUAUCAAGGAAGUACACAAAAGGAGAUAUCUUUUGCAGCCAAUUGCGAUUGAAGUUUUCUCAGGAGAUGGACGGAACUAUCUUCUAGCUUUCCAAAAAGGGAUUAGAAACAAAGUUUAUCAAAGGUUUUUGGCUGUGGUGCCAUCUCUAACUGACAGUUCGGAGUCAGUGUCUGGGCAAAGACCAAACACCAGCGUAGAGCAAGGGUCUGGCUUGCUUAGCACUUUAGUGGGAGAAAAAUCUGUUACUCAAAGAUGGGAAAGAGGAGAAAUCAGUAACUUCCAGUACCUGAUGCACUUAAACACUCUGGCGGGCAGAUCCUAUAAUGAUCUCAUGCAGUACCCUGUCUUUCCCUGGAUCCUCGCAGACUAUGAUUCAGAGGAACUGGAUCUUACGAAUCCCAAGACAUUCAGAAACCUGGCCAAGCCCAUGGGAGCUCAAACAGAAGACAGGUUAGCCCAGUACAAGAAGCGAUACAAAGAUUGGGAAGAUCCCAAUGGGGAAACCCCAGCUUAUCACUAUGGGACCCACUAUUCAUCGGCCAUGAUUGUGGCUUCGUACCUUGUCCGGAUGGAGCCUUUUACUCAGAUUUUCUUACGGUUACAGGGCGGUCACUUUGACCUGGCUGACCGAAUGUUUCACAGCGUACGGGAGGCUUGGUAUUCAGCAUCGAAGCACAACAUGGCAGACGUGAAGGAGCUCAUCCCAGAGUUCUUCUACCUCCCUGAAUUCCUGCUCAAUUCCAACAAUUUUGACUUAGGUUGCAAACAAAAUGGCACUAAACUUGGUGAUGUAAUACUCCCCCCAUGGGCAAAAGGAGAUCCUCGUGAAUUUAUCAGAGUUCAUCGGGAGGCUCUGGAAUGUGACUUUGUGAGUGCACAUCUGCAUGAGUGGAUUGACUUGAUCUUUGGCUAUAAACAGCAAGGUCCUGCUGCAGUAGAAGCUGUAAAUGUCUUUCACCAUCUCUUCUAUGAGGGGCAAGUGGACAUAUAUAACAUCAAUGAUCCAUUGAAAGAGACAGCUACCAUAGGAUUCAUUAAUAAUUUUGGACAGAUACCAAAGCAGCUCUUUAAAAAACCACACCCACCGAAGCGUGUUAGAAGCCGACUGAAUGGAGAGGCUGUGGGAAUCUCUGUGCCCCCUGGUUCCACAAGUGACAAGAUUUUUUUCCAUCAUUUGGACAACCUGCGGCCAUCACUUGCCCCAGUAAAAGAGCUCAAGGAGCCUGUGGGACAGAUCGUGUGUACCGAUAAAGGCAUUCUGGCAGUAGAACAGAAUAAGGUUCUCAUCCCACCUACAUGGAAUAAAACUUUUGCUUGGGGCUAUGCAGACCUCAGCUGCAGACUGGGUACUUAUGAGUCGGACAAGGCAGUAAUUGUUUAUGAAUGUUUGUCAGAAUGGGGUCAGAUACUGUGUGCCAUUUGCCCCAACCCCAAACUAGUUAUCACUGGAGGAACAAGCACAGCAGUGUGUGUGUGGGAAAUGGGCAUCUCCAAAGAAAAAGCUAAAGCCCUCACACUGAAACAGGCAUUACUGGGUCAUACUGACACUGUCACAUGCUUAACAGCAUCACUAGCUUAUCAUAUAAUUGUGAGUGGAUCACGGGAUCGCACCUGCAUCAUCUGGGAUUUGAAUAAACUCUCUUUUCUAACACAGCUUCGAGGUCACAGGGCUCCAGUUUCAGCACUCUGUAUAAAUGAAUUAACGGGCGAUAUUGUAUCCUGUGCUGGCACUUACAUCCAUGUAUGGAGCAUUAAUGGCAGCCCCACUGCAAGCGUAAACACUUUCACUGGCCGAAGCCAGCAGAUAAUGUGUUGCUUUGUGUCAGAGAUGAAUGAGUGGGAUACCCAGAAUGUCAUAGUCACGGGGCACUCAGAUGGAGUUGUCCGGUUCUGGCGGAUGGAGUUUUUGCAAGUACCAGAAACACCAGCUCCAGAGCCUGUGGAGAUGCUGGAAAUGCAAGAGGAUUGUCAGGAAGCACAAAUAGGGCAGGAAGCCCACGAAGAGGACAGCAGUGACUCCGAGGCAGACGAUCCAUGCAUAGGCCAGGACUCAAAACUGCAGGAAAGCCAGAGUCAACCAAGCAGCACCAGCCACAGGCCUAGGUCAUCAUCAAACAGAGCAGCGGCGGCGUGGUCAGCAGACAGCGGCUCUGAUGAUUCCAGGCGUUGGUCAGACCAGCUCAGCUUGGAUGAGAAAGACGGCUUUAUCUUUGUGAAUUAUUCUGAGGGACAAGCAAAAAUGCAUCCCCAUGCUCAGGUUAACCACCCACACCCCAGCUAUGCUGAAGCACGGCACUACAGCAAGCUUAAACCAGGAUACAGAUGGGAGCGUCAGUUGGUGUUUAGAAGCAAACUAACUAUGCACACGGCAUUUGAUCGCAAAGACAACGCCCAUCCAGCAGAAAUCACUGCACUCGGCAUCUCUAAGGACCACAGCAGAAUUCUUAUUGGGGAUGGUCGAGGCAGAGUGUUCAGCUGGUCUGUAAGCGAUCAGCCUGGCCGAUCUGCAGCUGAUCACUGGGUGAAGGACGAGGGGGGAGACAGCUGUUCGGGCUGCGCAGUCCGUUUUUCACUCACUGAGAGGCGACACCAUUGCAGGAACUGUGGACAGCUCUUCUGCCAGAAGUGCAGCAGGUUUCAGUCCGAAAUCAAGCGUCUGAAGAUUUCGUCACCAGUCAGAGUCUGCCAGAACUGCUUCUACAACCUGCAGCAUGAGCGGGGUUCGGAGGAGGGGCCCAGAAAUUGAGAGGGUCCUAGCAAACAGAGACCCCAUCCAGCCCCGCCGUCACUCCAAGAACUAGUGAGAGUAUCGUGCAGUGAUCAGAAGGGAUUAGAAUAUUGUCUGUUUACACUUAAGUUUAUACUGAGUUUUAAGCACUAAAAGUAAAAAGGGAUCAUUGAAUCGAUUGGUGUUGACAGAAGAUAAAUGAGGCUAACGGCAUCAUUAAGUGAAGAGCAAGGCCCAGGAAGACAUGAUUAAUAACCACAAGUCCAAUAGAACUGUCAACCCCUAAACCUAUGUUGACGUGGCUACUGAGAAAAUCCUCACUUAUCCUAA